GCAUCACACGAGUAAUCGCGAAGUGACAGAACGGCGGCGAGGUGAUAACGACGAUGGGUUCCUUGCCAAAUCUUCACGAGCUGUCCAAGGACAAGCUGGGAAGCCCGGUGUACAAACCGGCGCCGAUCGGCGGUCUUGGUCCGGCGCGAUUGCCGCCGCAGCCACCGCCGUUGGCGCAUACGCAUAAACGUGCAAGAAGUAGCGGCCACCAUCAUUCUACUCUGUGCGACAACGAUACCAUGCUAGAGCACAUGGCGGCAUACUCGCCGAUUUCCUGCCGGUCGACGCGCACCUCGGCGCUAUCGUGGCGGCGUCGCGACUCCAUGAACUCAUCAGCAGGUGCAUCGUCCGUGCGCCGGCUGAUCGCAGCGGUCCGUGCGGCCCCAUCCGGGCCCCGACCACCACGUCGGGUCGUGUUGCGUCAUAUCGCAGCCCUUUUGCUCGGUCACGCGAGUUGCUCGGCCGCCACACUGCCCAUCUUUCCACUACAAGCAGGUUUGGGUGCGUUCGAACCCCGUCUGGGUCCAGUGCUUCUCGCCUAUCUCUACAUGAUGGCAGCCGCCACCAGCUGUUUCGCACCCAUCGUCGUGCAACGGCUCGGCACAAAUCUCGCCAUCACCGCGAACCACGUAGUCACUGCUAUCUUCGUCGGCGUGCACCUGUAUCCUAAAUGGUACAUACUCGCGCCCAGCUACGUGAUGCUAGGCUGUUGCGCCAGCUCGAGCUUCCUAGCGAGAACGUCGCAUAUCAACGUCUCCGCUACCAGUCUGGCUCUGGUCUGCGUCGAUCCCGAGGAUCCCGCGGAUGAAACGCGCCGCGAAUGCCUGCUGAGAAGACUCAACCGGGGAAUCAAAUUGGCUGAAGAUAUCGGCCUCGCAAUCGGUUGCCUCAUCGCUGCGAUCCUUGUCAGGUUCACGGAUCUGAUACCAUCUAGCAUAAUGAACACCGACGUUUGCGGGGCUGAGUACUGUUCAGAAGAGAUGUACUUUUACAACGAAUCGCUUUACGUGCCGACGAUUACAUCGGGCACUUCGAGGAUCCUCGUCAGCAUCUGGCUUGGCUUGGCGGUGCUCGGUCUAGGCAUAUCUUGCGCGUUUCUCGACUCUAGGCUGCAGGAACCUCAGACGAAUCAUGAUCGCGCUAACGUCAAAGACAUCUUCAAAUCCGUGAAAUGCGCGUUUCAGGACCCAAAGCUUCAGCUCGCAGCGCCGCUCACGCUCUUCAUCGGACUGGAACAGGGUUUUAUUUACGCCGAUUUUAUGGAGGCAUACGUGGUAUGCGCCUUAGGUGGUGCCGGUACAGUGACCUUAAGUUUCCUGAGCUUGGCUCUGUUGCAAGCUCUGGCCGCUGCGACGCUCUCGAUGUUACUGAGGCACAUUAAAAGGUACUUUGUCGUAGUCGUGGGUUUUGCUUUCCACGCCUGUCUUCUGCUUGUUCUGGUAACCUGGAGACCGACGGGAGACGACCCGGCUCUCUUCCACGUUAUAUCAGCUGCCUGGGGAGUUUGUAAUUCCAUUUGGGAAACUCUGAUAUACACGCUGGUGAUGGGCCUGUAUCCGAACGCGUGGCAAGGACCGCUGUCCACAUCGCUCUUCUGGCGUUGGCUCGGCUUGACCCUCGCGCUCAGUCUUCACGGCGCGGUGUGCACCCGUUAUCGCGUGCUAGGCCUUGCCGUGACCCUGGUGCUGGCAGUGGUGCCGUAUCUAUUGUUGGAGAGCCGUCUCGCCCGCCGCGGCAAAACGCUCGCGCCCUUAUGACCAGGCGACUCGACCGCGAGCGAGCGCGGCUCCACCAGUGUCGAGACGGCGACGACGACCGAGAUCAGACACCGGGGGGACUGAGAACGAGCCGUUCCAUCCAGCACCGCGGCCCGAGUGAAAUCGUGGACCGGAAUACCGAGACGCGGUAGCCGCAGGAGUAGCGGCCUGACGACGCAGGAAACACAACAGCAGCAGCAGCCACAGCCGCAGCCGCAACAACAGCAACAGCAGCCGCAGCAGCAACAGCAACAGCAUCAGACUAGCAGUGCCAGCAGUGCGACGUUGAAGAUCAAGACGCGACGUAGGGCGAACAGUGUCGCAUUCGCCUGCCGCACCGAUUAUGGCCUGCCAGACGAUAGCGAUGAUAACGAUAGUCCGCCGAAGAACCCAGUGCUGCUGAUCGCGGAACCGGAGCGUCGCAG